AUGGCUGACGACCUCCAGGAUCAGCUGGAUAUUCCAGCGGAUCUCUCUGUUGGAGGUACCGCGGAAGCCUCAAGCGUACGAUCGGGUCCUCGCAGACUCCCGAAGAAACGAACCAAGACAGGCUGUUUGACUUGUCGCAAGCGCCGGAUCAAAUGCGGCGAAGAGAAGCCAAUAUGCAGCAACUGUGUGAAAUCGAAGCGAAUCUGCGAGGGUUAUGCCCAGCGAGUCGUGUUCAAGAACCCCAUAGGCAUCUUUGGGUCUUUCGGUGCUGGCCAUGGCCAGGACCCGCAGAUAGAGCAACAGCAUAUGAGAGUGCCGAUAUACAAUGAUUAUGGCGCCCAACUCCCUCCCCAACUCCCUCCUCAACUCCCUCCUCAACAAGCGGCAGCCGCUGCUCAGCAUCCAAUGUUGGCCCCGCGGCCUGUUGAUCCAGUGACGAUGGGAUACCACUCCUUUCCGUCCCAAAUACUUCCACAUAGUCAAAUCCAGCCGAUUAAUGCACCCCCUUUCUAUUACCCAGCAACUCAGGCGCAGCCGCCAACCCACAUGUGGCACACUCAGCCGAUAUAUGAAGUGGAGAGCACGUUGAUUCCGUCAAAUGUGACUGACUUCUCACCAGUACAGCAGCCAGUUCAGCGGGGUCAGACGAAUGUCUCACGUAGGUCCCAUACAGACAUACAAGAUGUACCCCAGAUUACCAGUCCAAUCGGUCAGACUGCUGAAGAAUAUGCCUCCAAUCUCUCCCCGAUGCCACCUCGCAAUCCGGUGGCAGUAAACAGGGAGAGAGAAAUCAACAACAUCCCUCAGAUACCCCAUCAAACACAAGUGGUAUACAUGGAAGAUGAAAGCGAGGAUUAUUACGACGUGGACUCGGAUGAUGAGAUGGUGGAUCAAUCGCAGGCCGAAGGCUUCAACCAGCUGAGUCUUAUCAUGGCCUCUGCUAACCGCGAUGAGCGACAACUCCGCUCCUUCACCACUUACUUGAACGAACCUAAUGUGCUCGCCUCUUACCGUCCUACACUUGGCUCGUCUCCCCUGAACAACCCAAAGACCGCCCGCAUCUUUGCUCACUUCAUCCACUCAACUGGUCCAUCCUUGUCCAUAUUUGAACGACAUCCUACUGACUCCUCGAUUGUUCUGGGGGCAGCUGUUCCAUCUGCACAACAGGGUCUAUGGGUUUACACGCUUGCCCUCAAAGCUUUGGAGCAUCCGGCCCUCCUCCAGGCAAUACUCGCUAUCAGCAGCUUACACAUUGCAUAUUUGCAGCAAGUUCCCACCACUGUAUCUUUGAAACAUUAUCACUACGCCUUGAAACGAGUUGGCUCCGCAGUCGGCCUUCCCCUCAGACGCAGACAAGUCGGAACCUUGGCUGCCACUCUUCUACUAGGCUACUAUGAGGUGAUAUCUGCCGACCACUCGAAAUGGAAUAAUCACCUGGGUGGGUCCACCCAUCUUAUCCGGGAGAUCGACUUUGCCAAGACCACCAGAGAUCUACGGGCCCAUCGACGUAGAGCCCACGAGCAGCGACUCCGGUCAGGAUGGACAAGCUCUUGGUGGGGGAUGGCUGGCGACGUCUCUGAGGAUGAUCCUUUUGCGGAGAAAGAGGACAGCCUAGAUGAGGAUUUAAUUGGCACCAUCAUGGGACGAGCAGUCAACUACGACCAUUUUAGAUCCACCAACGAGGAUAGCAUUGGCCGUUUAGAUGCCAUCUACGGCUCCGCAGAUCAUCUGUGGCUACUGCUCGCUCGAGUCACAGAUUUUGCCUGGCGUGAUCGCAAACGCAAGUUGAGUACCCUGAAGGCAGGUGGUGUGGACUGGAAGCCAGGCCCUGAGAUGUUCAAAUUCAUGGGCCGGUUCGCUGGCGGUUCUCCCGGUCAACGACCAGGACCACCUGGCGGCUUCGGUCCGGGGGGUCCCCCUGGCCCUCCAUCUGGCCCGCCAAAUAUGCAGCCUGAAGGAUACCCCAAGGCCCCACCCAUGGCAGAUUCUGCUGGUGUCUCUCCUGCUUCAAGCCCGGGACGGACCUCAGCCGACAGUCCUCCAAUGUACGGGAUGAUACCCCCUCAACCGCCUGCACGCCUCCCCUCAGGAUUCCAGGAUCGACCGCUUGAGCCUCGUUUGUCUCCAGACGAGGAUGACCCUGCUCACGACAUGAGCUACAAGGAAGCAGAACAAGAAUGGGAAGAGAUCCUGGCUGCCAUGGACAUAUUCUCCAAAGCGUUGGGCCGCGAUUUUCAACCUUUGCCAGCGGAUGUUGCACCCCCCAUCUCUACGCCGUUCGGUCCCGCUCUCCAGUAUCGUACCCACACCAUCGCCGCGAUCUGGGCGUUUUACUAUGCCGUGCGCCUUCUGUUCUAUCGGAUUCAUCCGUCCAUGCCGCCGGCCAUCAUGAUGGCAGCUGGGGUAGCUGCUCCAACGACGGCCGGAUUUUCACAGACCAUUGGCAAGAUUAUGGCGGGUGUCUACUAUCCGCAACGCUUUAACCUUGAAGCCGGAAGCUUGAGUCCGAAUUUGGGUUCUGGGUUGACAGACAUGACAGUCCCGGUAUUCUUUGCAGCUGUUCAAUUUACUGAUCCCACACAGCGAGCUUGGACGAUUUCAAAACUUCGCGACAUCUCUCGCUUGACUGGAUGGAAGAGCGCGGAUGCAAUUGCAGGGGGAUGUGAGAAAGCAUGGUUAGUCGCUGCAAAGCAAGGUCGUGGGCCACCCUAUCAACGGUCAUUUGAGAAUGACCGAACACGGGAAAAGCAACAAGAGCAUGAGACUGAGGCUGUGCUAAAGGAAGUUGAAGAUCGUCGAUUUGUGACAGUCAAAUUGGAUCGAGCGCAUUGGGCUAUGGGGAUCUUGGAAGAGGACAUUGCGAAUUUAGAGGUUUAG